UGAAUGACAGCAGAGGUGAGACGGAGUUCAGGAUCAAACAGUCGCAUUUUCUCUGCGGAUAUAAACCAUUUUCAUGAACUCUUAGUGAUUGAACUCGCGAUGAAAAGGAAAAAAGAAAAGAAACUACAACAAGUUUAGAGUCAAUAAGAGUGAGAGAGGGAGAGAGCUGCAGCUUUCUUUUUGAUUCUGUCCUCCUCCAUCUCUCCCCGCGCGCUCAUUCAGCUGAUGAGGGCUGGAGGAGCGCGCGCGCCCCUCUAAUCCGCGCGGCCAAGGGACCCCCGCUCCUCACCUUGCUCCGCUGGACAGGAGCGGAUCUUUCCCCCCUUUCCCUGGUUUCCGCUGCAACAUGAGCGCUGAUUGCAGCAGUUACUACAACACGGACGGCGGGUUUGUGGAGGGCUUCUCCUGCCCCAAACCGGGGAAUGCUGCGUUUGCGGUCUACUGCUGCGGAUUUAACGAUGUCAAGUACUGCUGUGAUGACCCCAACAGCUUCUUCCCCUACGAGUACAGCUACAUGUGGUGGCUGAGUAUCGGAGCUCUGGUGGGUCUAUCAAUCGCUGCAGUUGUGCUUCUUGCGUUCCUCAUCACUGUGUGUGUCCUCUGCUACCUCUUCAUCGCCACCAAACCCAGUCGCCUCGACAAUGGCCUCCCCCUGAGAGCACCAGCGGCGGACCCCAGCGAAGGACCCAGCCAUGUAAGAGUAACCAGUGCCUCUGGACCACAGGGAUUCAGAAAACACCUGAUGAGUCGAAAAGUGGACUCCGAUAACGAACCGUCAGAGCCCGAGCGCCUAUUCCAGAGGUGCUUCACCGCCACAGUUACUGGAGUGAAAGUGGAAAGUCCUUCUUAGACCACCGAAUAACUUCUAAUCAAAGAAUCAAACCUGCUGUGUGCAAUUCUGGAAGGCUGUUAGACUAACCAGUUGCCAGAGUUUUCCAGAGGGCAGUUACAACUGUAAUUGCUAACGUGAUGUGUUGUCAAAUGGAGUAAUCUGGUUGGAGUGGAAUAACGACUAUGUAAUUCUUUCAAGUGGUGGAACAAACAUCCAGAAUGCCAAUGACUCCUCAGACAAAGAGCUUAUUGUAAAGCCUUGGAAAACUUUCUGCUCCUCAUGGCUUCUGAUGAGUGGAAAUUAAUUUUCUCUGAACGAGAAAACAUAGUGUGCAUAGAAUUGCAGACACAGAGUCACCAAGGCUUUGCUUCAGGGCAGGCCGAGUUCGCCGUCCCAAAUCCAGAAAAGUGAUUUGAAAUGCAACAGAAAAAAAGUGUUUUGUUCAAUUUUAAACUUUAUUUAAAAGGGUUGAGUGUAAUUGGAGACAAAUCUGGAGAACGGGAGGGUCAUUCAAGCUCACAGACUCCAUGGAAUCAUACUGCUGUUCUUGUCCUGCUGAAACAAACACAAAGCUUGGAGGAAGUGAUUCUAUAAUCGUAGCAUUCUUGGUGGGUUCACACAUGUACCUUACCUUAUUUUCAACAUGCUAAAGUGGUUAGCAAAGAGCUCUGAGUGCGGUCAGAGGAGACAUGGUUGAAAAGGUUUGUAAUAUGUGACACGUCAUUGAAAUUGCUAUGCAAUCAAAAGACACCAGGAAACAUUCACUGACAUUCUAGUAAAUAGCCUCAACAAAAGGAAUUUACAUUCAAUUCAGUGUGAUCUGUUCACAUCAAAACGUUUAAUUCUCCACUAGAACAAAAAACAGACAUUUCUACCAAUCGUGUGUUUUCACGUGUUUGUUUGAAACAAAAUUUUGCAACAAAAUUGUUUCAUUGCCACCAAAAGGAUCUGUUUUAAAAUUUUAACCCGUAGCUUAAAGGCAUCCACCUGUUUGCUGUUUCCACACAUCCCUGAUUACGAGAGAAAUUCUCAGAAUCUCGGAUGUGUUUUUAGAAUUGGAAAGUACAUGUGAAACAGCAAUAUCAAGACAUUUGACUCUGUCGUUUUUAUUACAGAUUGAACCAAAUCUCUGUCUUGAUAUAGAAGUAGCUCAUUUGACUUUCAUGCAGUGCUUCUGCGGAGCUGAAAUCAAUGUUUGUAAUAGAUUUUAAAAUUACUUACCCACUGUGGAAUACAAAGAAAGCUUAGUUACAGAAUGCAAAAAGAGUUGAUUUUGGCCAACUUUUCUCCUGGUUUGUGUUUGUGCUUACAUGCAUUUUUCAUGUAAGUUCAGUUACCCUGAGAAUAAUUAAAAAGUUUAUUCAUGCUUCUCUGAAAGGGAUACAUUCCAGUAGAAGCAGUUUGCUGGGACUUAAAUCUUAAAAUUCGCAUUGUAUUUGACACAUACACAGAUGGCAGUCAUUAUGAAUGAAUACAAUACAGUAUAAAGAAAACAUGAAGUAAAUUAGAAAGAGUGAUCUAGAAUACACAUGUAUAGGGACAACCUGGAAGAGCAAUCUGACAAAACUGAGACCAAUUGUUCUUGAUAAGAUUGUCAGAACUGUCAAAAGUUUGAGUGAAGCUCAUGGAUGCUUCUUUUCUGGCCGGUCUUGAGGCCCUCACCGAUCAAAAAUUGAUCUCAUGCAUGUAUUUAAGUGUGCUGCUGGAAUUCAACUGCAGGUUUAAAGGAACAGAAAUCCAUGUUGUGGGAUUUUGUUAAAUUAAGAUUUAAAAUAAAUUACAAGAUUUUUUUGCUGCAUUUCAGAAGAUAAUAUUGGAAACUGUCAUUUUGUGGUAUUCAAAGAUGGACUGUGCAGCAUGUGUGCAGAGCAAAGCUGUUUUGAUCUCUCAUUCUAUCUUAUCUCAGGGACUAGAGAGAAUGAACAUAUGAGUGAAGUGAGACUUGCUCAAACAAACAUCAGAGUCGGUGCUUUCAAUGCAUUGAAUGAGUUGUGAUUACAUUAUUUCUAAACAUUUUCAUGCAAAUGUCCCAUAAUGACUGGAGGCUGGAUGCUUCCUGGCAGUUCUACUGACGCUCUGCGUCUUUUACCAACACUGCAGUCAAUUUUCGCUUCAACGUUUCCAUUACUGUUAAUGAGGCUGGUGUUGCUAAACGACUGUGACAGAGUGUAUUAAAGCAUCGACCACGAGACGCUGAUGUGACAAAGCAGCUGAUAGCACGGUGACUGACUGCAUACCGGUGAUGUGUGAAUGAAUCAGGAAGUUGCAAAGUUGCCUACACAAAUAAUGAUUAAUGUCUCAAAGGAAGCACAUGAAAAGGUUGGGUGAAAAAUGAGCUGCCGAGGGCUCAUUUUUUACCAUCACGCCACAGAUGUGGCAGAACAAGGUCAUUCGUCAUGGUUCUUUAAAAUGCUAAUGCUGUCUUUCUACAUGUUCAAGCUUGUUUUACUGUUUCAAAAAGGUUUGAUCUUUCUUUUUUGAGUCUGAAGUUGUUCUAUUGUGUUGUUUAUCUGUAAGGUUUGGACAGUGCCUUCAAACUCUAAUAUAUUCCAAAGUUGCACAUUUUGAUGAUGAAUUUGAGUUGAUCCACAAGCAUAAACGUGGAGUCUGUGCUGGAAGUCUACAGAAAAAGCCAGCAUUCUCUUGGAAGAAAAGACGUAUUUGAACGAACAUGUGGAGUGAAAGGCUUUUCAUUGGUACAUGAUAUGCAGUUUUGUGCCUCCUUUCAAAAACAUUUUGGAGGGUUUUCUCUGACUAUUUCUUUCUAUCAAGUUACAGUUUAGUUUGGUGCAAAUUUGACUUAUAAAACAGCGUACUGUACUAGCAGCAAGCACGGAAGUGGGAGUAUAAUGACGAGAUAAUAGGAAAAAACAACAGAUGUUAGAAAGCAAAUUAAUCAAGCAAAAUUAAUAAAGAGAGUUGGCAAAAUGCAA